AUGGACUACACACCCGAACGCGCACUGGUGGUUAUUCCACACCCCGACGAUGCGGAGGUGUGGGCCGGGGGCACCAUAGCCCGUUGGGUCCGCGGCGGCUCGGAAGUCCAUUACGUGCUGUGCACCGAUGGCAGCAGAGGCACGGACGACGCCGAGAUCAACCCGGCCGAACUGGCAGCAAUGCGUGGCCGGGAGCAACUGGCGGCAGCGGACGUUCUUGGCGUGACAAACAUGGUGAUGCUGGGUCGGCCGGACGGCGAACUAGAAGACACGUCGGACUUCAGGAGAGACUUGGUCCGACAGAUUCGCCUGGUCAAACCCGACGUGGUGCUGACGACCGAACCAUACCGCCGCAACAUGCAAUGGCACCGCGACCACCGGAUUGCCGGGCAGGUGACCCUGGACGCCGUGUUCCCGUACGCUCGAGACCACCUGCACUUCGGCGAACUAUUCGCCGACGAAGGAAUAGAACCCCACAAAACUGCGGCGAUCAUGUUCUGGGGCUCGGAAAACCCCAAUGCCUUCGUGGACAUAGCCGCCGAUUUCAGCGCCAAGAUGGACGCGGUGAUGGCGCACGGCACGCAAGCGCGCCAGAGUUCCCGAGAAGACCUGGAAGGGUUCGUGCGGGCGCGGGCCAAAGAGGCCGCCGAAACUGGCAACAACUACCCGGACGAGGAGUUCAGCGGCCUGACGCUGGCCGAAGCGUUCCGGCGGGUAACGUUCCGGACGUAG